AUGACCAUGAUGUACAUUUGGCAAUUCUGGAAUGAUCGCAACUGCUGGGUAUUCGAGAAAAAGAAGGCCAACCCAAUGAUCUCGUGCACAAGGACGCUAAGGUUGUUGGGAGAAUUUGAGGCUGCAUGCGAGAGGGACGAAACCUCAGCUGGAGUUCGUGAUGCAGCGACAGAGCAACACACAUGGUUGGCCCCCAUUCUAGGAAGGUCCAAGCUAAACACGGAUGCAGCUGUCACCAAAGAAGGGAAGGUGGGUUUGGGGAUGGUGGUGAGAGAUGCAGUGGGAGAUGUGCUCAUGAUCGCAGGUAGUAAGGGGACUGAAAAAAGGCAAGUGUUGCACGCAGAAGCAGAUGCCCUGCUCUUUGGGCUGAGAUACUCAUACGACGCGGGCUUCCGCCGUCUCGAAGUGGAGGUGGACAACCAGACCCUUGCUGCACUUGUAGCAGGGAAAACCAAAGUUUUCUCAGCCACCCAGAUAGUGGUUAAUGACAUUAUUGACUUUGCAAAGAAACUAGAAGUUUGUAGUUUUGGUUUUAGUAGAAGAACUUGUAAUAAAGUUCCUCACUCCAUGGCCAAAGCUUCUCUCGACUUUGAGGAAGACUUGGUAUGGAUGGAAGAGUGCCCCCCAUAUGUACUCCCCUUUGUCCAAAAAGACAAAGCUUCUAAUGAAUGA